UCAGUCGCCCCAAAUUUAUCUUUUCAAAAAGAUGGCGACCAAAAGUGGAGGUAUCGACCGUGUUCUGGCAAAAUGUAGAGCAUGUGUCGAGGGAGGAAACUUUUAUGAAGCUCAUCAAAUGUACAGAACGCUUUACUUUAGAUAUAAGGGACAGAAGAAAUACACAGAGGCCUUGAAUCUACUGUACAAUGGUUCCUUGACUCUUCUUCAACACAAUCAGCAUUCCAGUGGAGCAGACCUAGCCAUGCUGAUGAUAGAACUACUUAACACGGCCAUGACUCCUGUGACAGAUGACAACAUUGACAAAGUGGUGAAGUUAUUCCGUGCCAUGAACCCAGACUGUCAGGAACGUCACCAGUACAUGGUAGCGUCCAUCAGGUGGUCAACUAAAGUGGACAACCAGCAGCACAAACUCGGACACCCUGAUCUGCACCAGAAGAUAGGCCUACUGUUCUGGGAAGAAAAAAAUUAUGUGCAAGCUAGGUAUCACUUCCUCCAUUCUACCGAUGGCAAGGGAUGUGCUACAAUGUUGAUAGAGUACCACUUGAUGAGAGGCUAUACGUCAGAGGUGGACAUGUUUAUAGCGCAGGCUGUGUUACAAUAUUUGUGUCUCCAGAAUAAGGAAACGGCAAAUGAUGCCUUUCAGACAUUCACAAAAAACCACCCUCAGGUGAAGCGGGGAUCACCCUACAUCCAUCCACUACUUAACUUUAUAUGGUUUCUGUUGCUAGCACUGGAAGGGGGACGCCUUACAGUAUUUACUAUCUUAUGUGAAAAAUAUGAAACAUCAAUAAAGAGAGAUCCUUCAUAUAAAGAGUACUUAGAUAAAAUUGGACAAGUGUUUUUCGGAGUUCCUCCUCCGAGGGCACCUUCUCAGGGACUAAUUGGUAACUUGAUCCAGAGUCUGUUCUCUGGGGGAGACGAUGACGAGGAUAUGAUGCAGGUGUCCUCCUCCAGUUGGGGAAGUAUGGCCAGCAGCAUGACAACCUCAACACGAGAAAUCAACCCAGUGGAACUCGAUUAAAUUAAGCCUUACGGAGUAGUUGAGUGGAAUAUGAAAAGCUCCACUGGGUGAUUUAAAUACUUGAAAAGACUUUAUUAAGGAAUUGAGGUGAUGUCGUUCAGUUUGAAUACAAAAUCUGUUUAUGUCACCUGACUAAAUUAUAGCUAUUUGCAAUGAAAAACAAUCUUAAGUGAACAAAAUUUUAAAUAUGGAAUUCGGCAAGAAGAAUUGAAACAUUUUUAUAUGGAGCAUGAUGCAAAUGAAGAUCGACUGGAAUUCAAAAUCUUCCAUUUUGAACAUUAUAGGAAUGAUACAGUUGGAUAUGUGUAUAAAAUUCAUACAGUUCAUCUAACAAACAUGUGAGGUCUAUUUCUGGUAGGCAGGUCAAUAGAUGGUCAUGCCAUGACAGGUUCUAAAAUCACAAACCCAUUUCAACAUGCAGAGGUAUUUGACCGUAACAAAAUUUAGUAAAAAAAAUAGUGAUAAAAAUAAUUUGUUUACAGAGAAGUUGCAAGGUCCUAAAGUUUGAAAAAGAAAAAUACCCAAAAAUACAAAGCUCACUGAUUUGUUUCAAUUUAAAUUUCUUAAAAUUUAUUUUUGACAAUAAGAAAUAUUUUCUUCUGCACAUGUAUAUAGAAAGUGUGAUUAAUGAAAUUUGUAACAGGAAUGUACAGAAGUCCUCAAUAUUUUGAUAUUCUGUCAUUUUUUCAAAAUCAAGGUUUCUUACAGGUAACUCUCAUCUCAAUUAAUUAUUCAACUUUGACAUUAUUAUUGAUAUUUGUUUUGUUUUGUGAGAAUGUGUUAAUGGUAUUUAGUGUUUUGAAAUAGUUGUACUACUUCUGUUAAAUCAGUGGCAAUCUUUCUCUGAGAAUGUGGAGAUAAGGUUAAUAUCAUUUUUUUGAAAUUAAGAACCAAGACGUUUAUAAGACUUAGUUUAAAUUGUUAAAAUUACAACUAUGCACUAAACUGUUGUAUUCUAAUCACACAUAUGUAUUUGGUUUGCUUUACUUUUUGAAUUUGAAAAAAAAACACGAAAAAAUCUGAAAGGACUUGAAAACAGUAGAAUAUUAACAUCCUUUUAAAAGAAGAAAAUCUUUGAUUUAAUUGAAUGAUUUCCCCUCAAAUUUUAAAAUUUUCUGUAUGACUAGAAAUUUUGAUAAAAAUUUCCAUGAGAUUUGUGAUGCAUCAUCAUAGCUUAGGGCCAUUCCAUAGAAAAUCAGAUGAAGAGUUGAGGGGGGUGGGGUGCAUUUUUUGCACUUCUUUCUGGGGCCCACUGUGCAAAUAGUUACAGUCAUUUUAGUCCAAAAUUUUGAUCCAGUAAUCUGGAUCUAAAUAAUCCAGACUUCCACAUUUUAGAAAAAUAUUUUGGAUCUUCAUAAUUGGGAGAAAAUAUAUUGCAAUGAAUCACCUUGCAAACUUAUUUUCCUGAUUGUGCAAUAAACAAGUUACUCUUAAUGAUUUUAAAAAAAAAUGAAAAGAAAAGAAAAUAACUAUGGAAAUUUGAAUUUCAAAAAUAAAAAUUCGACGAUCAUCUCUGCUCUGGUAAAUACAUUUAUCUUGUGAAAUCCAAGUAAUUGCCUAGUUUACCUAAAUUUUAACAGGAAUUUGAAUUAGGAAAUCUUGGUUAUUAAAAAUAACCCUUUCACCACUGUAGACCAUAAUUAUAAUGGACUCAUCGGUAUCAAUGCAUGGCAGAGUCUAAAGUUACAUAGGGGUGAAAGGGUUCAGAAAUGUAAACAGACACCAAAUGGUUCGACUAGCUUAAGAUUCCAAUACUAAAUACAACUAUGCAAGUAUAGUUUGUACAGGAUCACGUAGAAUUACUUUAACUGCUAUGGCUGGCCCAUGGACUCAUUUAUCUAUGGGAAUAUUGACUGGUUCACAUGGAUAAUAAUGUAACAUUGGUCUGUGCAAAUACAGUGUAUUUGUCCAUUUGGAUAUGUACAUGGAAACAUUUGUCCAUGGAAAUAUUUGUGCACAUGGAUAUACAAUAUUACAUGGUCCAUGGGAAUAAUUGUCCACAUGAAUUGAUGUUUGGAUUUUUUUGUUGUUGAUUUGUUAAAAUGAAUACAGGAUGAUAUUGUCCAUAUUAAGAUUUUUGUCCUUUAGAUGAAUAAAUAGGAUAUUUAUCAACAAAGACAUUUGUCCAUAUUGACAUUGAUGUCCAUAGAAUUGUGAAAUAUUUGUUCAUAGGAAGAUAGGUUGAAUAUUUGUCGUGGUUUUUUUUCCGUCUUAUUACUAUGUUAAACAAUUUAUAAACUUCUCGACAUAUGUAUAUAUUUAUAUUCAUGGUUAUUUCACUGGGGGAGUUCACUAGUACUGCAAAUUCUUAUGUGUUGUAAAUAUAAACCCACUGACAUAAUAUUGAAGCAGGGACUAUAUAUCAAUAUGAAGCACAAUUGUGAAAAACACAUUUUCCAUUUUCUCAUUAACAAAAACACUUGCAAUGUGUUCGUGCAAAUCUUAUUAUAAUAUUGAAAAAGGGCUACAUUCAUAUGAUUUAUUGAAGGAAAACUUUUAAGUGAUAAAAAGACAUUUGUCAGAUGGUUACAUUGUAUUAUUUCCGGAUGUAUUUCUGUUGCUGACAGACAAAACAAAUCCAUUGUUGUAUUGUUGAUUUCCUACAAUAUUUUUGCCAAAAAACCAACUGCAUUUUACCAUGUAAAAUUCACCAGGUAAUUCAGGUGUAAUACUCAACUGGCCUUCACUAUAUGGGAAUAAUUAAACAGAAAAGGUUAAAAAAAAAGUGCUAUAAACAAUAUUGCGGAGAUGUGGUAGAAAUGGACAGUUGGUUGAAAUGAUAUUUAUUUUUGAACCAGAAUGCUACUGACUGGUUCAGUUAUUUAAAAAAAGAGAGAGAGA